CGCUCAACUUUUACUCGAGACCAGAGGGGAAUUACUAGGCCGCAUCUUGCGGACCGGCGACGCGCCUGUGUAACAUAGUCUGUCUGGGUCGCUUCCGGGUUACGUCACUUCCCGCCGAGGCCUCCGUGUGCGAGUUUCGUGCAAAGAUGGCGGCCGCGCAGCUCACAGACGAGGAGCUUUCCUCAGAGUUAAAGCGCCUCGGGUUUGUCCCGGGUCCGGUGACUGAGAGCACGCGACCUGUGUACCUGAAGAAGCUGAAGAAGCUUCGCGAGGACCAGCAACAGCGGGGAGCGCGAUCGAGCAAAGGCCGAAACAGCGGUAUCACUAGUAGUAACAGCAGCAACAGUAACAGCGCGGCGGUGGCGGGAGCUGCGGGACUCGGAGCCGCGCCAGCCCGCGGUGACGUCACGCCCCCGAGCUGCGCCUCGAGCCCCGGCGGUCGUGCGGCGCUCGGCGCCAAGCGUUCCGUGUCCGCGGGAAAGGGCGCUCUGGGCUUCAGCUCCGACGAGUCGGACGUGGAGGUGAACCCGAAGAAGAGAGGCCUGCAGCCCGGCGCCAGGAGGGACCGCGGCUCGGGCGUCCAGCAGGAUCGGCCAGGGCCUAAUGUAACACUCGGGGUCCUCGGAAAAGAAGGGGCCGGCGGUGUGUGCAGCGACUUCGGGAAGUCCUCUCCGGGGCAGCUGCUGCUGGUAAGGAGAAGCGGCGGCAGCGCGGCUCCGUGGUGGGGGGACGCGGCGGAAGACAGUGAGACAGGCCGGCGUGAGGCGGACACGCCGGAAAGCCGCUCUCUGAACGGCAGCAGGUCCCCGUUCGGGCCGAACAGCGGCUCGUCGGCGGGGCGGUACUCUGACUCGGAAGAGGAGGAGGAGGAGGAGGAAGGGAGACACCGCAAUCGACGCCCGAGCUCCAGACAGAGCCCGUUCAAGUCGCCGUCGCAUCCGCUCAGAAGCGUCAGGGGGGCGGCGGCGGGGAGCGGCCAGGAAGCCCCGGGGGGCGGCGCGGUGGCGCUCGACGACUCGCCCGGCGCCGGGACUCCAGACGCAGCGGGAGAGCGGAGACCGUCGGAAGAGGCGGCGCGGCGGACCGCCUGGGGCGUCCUAAGGAACCGCAGCUACAAGUCUACGGCGGACUCGCUCUCCGACAUCAUCAUGGAGGACUGCGGUUCCGCCCCUCACUCGAACCACCACCACCACGCCGCCGUCGGGGGGGAAGACAGCGGCGCCAGGUGGGGACUCAGUGUGCGCCCGCGGUACGCGGUGUACCGGAGCCUCCCUGCGCUCGCCCGGCAGGACCGCUGCAACCACACGGCUCCCAGCCGGCCGUACAGCCCGCUCAGCGCGCUCAGCCCGCCGCCGUCGAAGCCCGCGGUGCCGGAGGACGAGCUGCUGCAGCAGUUCCGACGCGACGAGGUGUCGGGCGGCGGGCGUUUGAGCGCGCACUCCCUGUCCACGGUGCUCCUGACGGCCGCGUGCCUCUUCUUCGUGCUGCUCGGACUCGUGUACGUGCGGAUGCGCGGCGGCGGAGCGGCGCAGACGGAAGGGGUCGUUAAGAAUCAUCCGUUUGGAGUUGAGUUUGAUAAUGCUUAUGGUGAAGUGGAAAAAGAAACGAUUCUCAAAUUACUUCUUCAGCUGCAUGACCAUCUGGCGAACAUUGCAGGUGAACAUGACUGUGGAGAUCACGUUCACCAUUUGAACAGAAGUCUUUCUUACAACGAGGCUUCAGAGUUCUUAAUGAAUCAAGAUGCUAAUUAUGAGAAGCUCAUAGCCACAGCUCUGGAAUGGCUGAUCAAGACAGGAGAAGAUGUGGGCAUACGGUUGAUUGGCAGCCAGCCUGGCGAAGCUGUGACGACAGUAUCGAAGAUCACACAUCUUGAAUCCACCCAUCCCAAGAUGUCUUUCAUCUGCCGCUUCCGACGUGCCUUCUUCAUGGUCAUCCAUCGGGUCCUCCUCUUCAUUGCUGGUGUAGCAGUCAUAUUCGGUGUCCUGCUGUAUGUGAAAUACCGCUGGAGGAAGGAAGAGGAAGAGACCCGACAGAUGUAUGACAUGGUGGAGAAAAUCAUAGGUGUGCUGAAGAGCCAUGGCGAUGCGUGCCUGGAGAACAAAGACUUGCAGCCUUACCUGCCCAUCCCCCACGUGCGUGACUCGCUCGUCCAGCCUCAGGAGAGGAAGAAAAUGAAGAAAGUGUGGGAGCGGGCUGUGGCUUUCCUCUCUACAAAUGAGUCCCGAAUCCAGACUGAAACCCAGAGGAUCAAAGGUGCAGACUUCCUGGUGUGGAGAUGGAUCCAGCCUUCACUGACCUGUGACCAGAUUUCCUCCAUACCUUCCAAAGUGUGGCAAGGCAAAGCAUUCCCCCUUGAUAGGAGGAACUCUCCCCCAAACAGCCUAACACCUUGUUUGAAGAUUCGCAACAUGUUUGACCCAGUAAUGGAAGUGGGGGACAACUGGCACCUGGCCAUUCAUGAGGCCAUCCUGGAGAAGUGCAGCGAUAACGACGGCAUUGUGCACAUUGCCGUGGACAAGAACUCCCGCGAAGGUUGUGUGUACGUCAAGUGUCUCUCAGCUGAGCAUUCUGGAAAGGCCUUCAAGGCACUGCAUGGCUCCUGGUUUGAUGGUAAACUGGUGACUGUCAAAUACCUGCGCUUGGACCGCUACCACCAGCGCUUCCCGGAGGCGGUGGGCUGCAUCACCCCACUGAAGCCUUCCAGCAAGCACAUGAGCAGCCUCUCACACUUGCGUCAGUGGCCCAGCACAGACAGCUUGUUGGGCUUCUCGUGAGAUUCAGUCUGAGGUACAGCCCUCUGCCAGCCCCCUUUGUCCCAAAGACCUGUGCAUGUGGCAGCUUCAGAAACCCCCCCACCUUUUGUAAAGUGGAACAGAAGUGGACCUGAUGCCCACUAAAAGUCACAGAACAUGGGGAGGGGGCUGUGGGAGAUAUAGUUCUGGAGUUUUGCAUGUGAGAGUUCCAGUCCACUACACUGGUGCAGAGGAUAGUUUUAUAUUCACAUUCUUCUUUAUGAAAAACUUGUAGGUCUAAUUUU